UUAUCAAAGGCUUUACUUAGAUCUAUGAAAAUGACAUCUACAGGAAUAUUGCGGUCUUUUGCCUCAGCCCAAUCUUCUCUUGCAAUAAGAAGAUUUGUCAAACAUGAUAGACCUUUUCGAAAACCAUGUUGUUCCUUUGACAAAAGAUCAUGUCUUUCCACGUAGUCUACGCAAGAUUCCCUCAUUCAAAAAUUUGAGACCCUGAUUAAUCUUGAAAUUUAUCCACAAAAUGUUAACAGUACCUCACCAAUUUAUGGUCAUAGCUGAUGUCCUCAGGAACUAGUUUCAUUGCGUUUCAUACGCAAUCUAGCUUGGUUGUCGCUUAUGAUGCUGGACAGUAGGUACUCUUCUGUAUCAUAAAGUUUCGUAAAACUAACAGCCUAUUGUGCAUUUAACCUAGACCUCUUGGUUUUCAACAUGGAUGUUAACUACAAGGCAGGAACUGAAGUCAUCCGGGCUGGUACUUGGACGUAUCGGCUCCUAAAAAUCAAAUUCACUGGGAUAAUCAUGAUUGUAGUAUGGUUCGUCGAAAGUUUGGUCCUCUCAAAUAAUCAGAACCUGUAAAUUAGACACAGCUGAACUAAACGAGAUCAAAACUCAUCUCAUUUUUACAGAUUAUCUUGGAACUUAAACUGAAUUUCAUAUUAUCAAUACAUCUUGUUAAAUACUGUCUCACUAGUUAUUCCGCCUUGCAUAUGUGUGGUUUUCUGUGUCCUAUCAAAAGACUGUAUUAUUAUCAUUAUUUAAAGAUACACUUUUAAACUGGUAACUUAACGUCUUUGCAACUUCUUGGACGUAAUUCAUCUUGUACGCAUCCAAUCUGGGCUCGUGAUGCUACUCGGCCAACAACACUGAAGCGAACAGAGAUUUUAACAUGUUAAUUAAGAGUUAAUUGCUUCCGCGAAGCUACCAAUUUGCAUUAUCUUGUAGUAAACUAAACAAAAUCAGUAUGAUUAAUUGUUCCUCACUACCUUUCCAAACCAUAAAGUAUAAUUGGUUCAAAAUAUUUACAUACCUGAAGUGUUUAACGAUUUCGUUGUCAUUCAACAGUAAAAUUCAUUUCAACAAUAAAAUUGUGGUGGAGAUCUUUCAUUAAAGUUCCGAAACUUUUUACGAACAACUUUUGGUUGUCUUAUAAUAUGUGUAUAAACGAUACAUUAUUCGAAACUUAUAGAUAAUAUGGGGGUUCAGGUCAAGAAAAAUGGGCUUGAAAUGAUUGGAUUGGUAUCAAAAUUGCGUUCUAAGAAAGAAUGGAAAUCCAGUCAUUGAUAUUAUCCAUCAUUAGUUAUCAUGGUAGUUGUAGAUUACCUACUUAUUUCUUUUGAACAGAGUUGUUUUGGCCGAAAAAUAACUGUAGUUUCUGGAAGUUUGAAUCUUACAGGGUUGUGUUGCUUAUUGAUUAUUUGGAUACACACAUUAUGUACACCCCUUGUCCAAGGAUUUAAACUAUAAAGUCUUCUCAUCCGAUCGAAAGAGUCCGUGUCAUGUAAAUUGUGUAAAAAGACGGUUAUAAAUUUGAUGACUUUGUAUCACGUAACAAUAAGAAAUCCAUAAGUAAACAAAUAGACCUACAGUGUAUGUAUACCGUUUUUUGUGAUUUCAGUCAUUAUAUUGUCUCUAGAAAUAAUUAGAAAUUACUUAGUGACAUUUCAUUCGAAAUCUAACAUUAAUAUUAUCUGCAAGGUUCAGUCACUACGACUAACUUCUGUAUUGUAUUCUUGGUUCAUCUCAUUGCAUCUAUUAAUUCAUUUUCCUUUAAUAGCUUAAUUACUAUGGAUCAUUUAGAAACCACCUAUAAAUGUUUGAUACCGUCAUUCAUACCAGCCAUAACUCAUCCACUAACCUACGCCAGGACAAUGAUGUUGUUGGGGUAUGAACCGUUCCCUCCUGUUCGUCGAUUUACUUUGCGUAACAUCCUACAUUCGAACUAUCAAGCAUAUUACUACCCAAGUGUUUUCACUUACUGUCGUAAACUUCGCCAAGAGGUUGGGUUGUACGGAAUUUUCACCAUUGGUCUCCCUGCUAAUAUUAUUGGGUCACUUGUUAAAUCCUACUCUACCAACAUCACUAUGGAGUAUUUAACUCCGGACUUUUAUGAGAAGAAAACAUUUUUUGAAACUGAUAAAGGAAUCAGAAUUUUUCUGAUCAGUACCGGUAAAUGUACUGUUGCUCGAGUAGUGGGUGUAGUCGUUAGUUAUCCAUUCCAAGUCAUAAUGAUUCGCCAAAUGUCGCAAUUUAUUAACGGAACACGAUUAUAUGAUUAUAUGUUGUAUGCUUUUCCUACUAUACUGAGAAAUGAGGGUUUUUUAAGUUUCUUCAGUGGUUUGACACCUAGAUUAAUUGGAGAAGUCAUUACAGUUUGGCUGACUGCUUGUCUUGCUUAUUUUUUCAAUAAAUAUGUUUUCAUGGAUCGUAUCGACCCUUCUUUGAAAAAACACACUCCCAUUGUAACUGAGUUGAUGAUAAGCGGCGCCACUCAUGGACUCACAGUCACCUCCACAGUUAUGGCUGCUUGUGACUCGACUCUAUCAGUCAUUAAAAACGCAAACAGUAUGGGAUUGUUUUUAUCAAUACUAUCCUGGUUCAAACGCUUAAAUUGUACAGGUAGUAUGAGCCUAUUUUUCGAUUACUAGUAUUUCUAUCGUCUGAUAAUAGUUUCAUAAAAGUAGUCACAAAUAAUUAUUUGGUUUUUCGAUUUCUAGACCAACACUAAAAAAUGCAAUAAAUAAUAAUAAUCAGAAGGGGUUUUGUGGAGAUU